GAUUUCCUGGAGUUCUUUCAGAUCAAUGCUCAGCGAAGUAAUAAAGACAAAGUAUCUAUCCCCAAGGAGUUCAUACCUGAAGAUUGUCCAAUUCGUUUCCAGCUACGUCUUGAUAUCACAAUUCCAUAUUUAGUGUUCAAAGAUGCUGUUGACACAAGACGAAAUGAAGGAGAUUGAUUUGAUUGAAGCAAGGAUUGUGGAUCUAGAGAAACGAAUUGUUGGAAAUCUUCAUUCAACGGAAAAUUACGUUCCCAUCGUCGAUUCUCUUGAGACUACAAAUUCCUUGAUAAACACUUCACUGAUAGGUAGAGAAUCUGCUUCAAUGUUCAUGCGAAGGCUGGCCGAGCUAGACACACUGCUUGAUCCUGCAGCUGAAGAUAGGACACUGAAUUUGUCAGUCAAAAUGGAACAGGUGCUUGUCAUGGAACCAUUCUUGCAGCACAAUGUGAGGGCUCUCAACGAAAUGCAGCAGUUGGUGUCAGUGUUGGAUAGCGAGGCCAUUAAGAAUGUUCCAAGUUUGACGCGUCGGCUUGAGAAGCUCACAUUGUUUUAUCUGGACAGAAAGCAAGAGACCGAUACCAUGACUGCCAACAUAAUGGACUUACUUCAACAGUAUAAUACAAUCAUCAUGAAUGUGACAAAGUCAUUUGCUCAGUUUGAAGAUGUCGUCACUAAGUGUGAAAUUGCCACACAGCCCAAGAAGGAAGCAGAGUGAUUAUCUGCUUAUAUGGACAUUCAAAAAUUAACAAAUAAUAUUCACUUAUUUUGCUGUAGGUUUGAAUAUUCAGAUUGUAAUGACCUGCAAUUGUUUUUUUAUAUCCUUCUUUCAGUCAGUGUCUCAUGUAAAAUGAAGUGUAUCAAGUCCCUAAUUGUUUCAUUAUCAUAAGAACUGAUUUGAACAGAAUUUAUUAAACAUGACAAUUUAAAUUUA